AUGGAUCUGGCGAUGCACCACGGCCCGGUGCUGGGCGAUCCGUGCAUGCAAUGCUUGAUGGAGGUUCUUCGAAUCUGGGUGAAAACCUGCCUUUGGCUAGCUGCCAAGGCCGGCGGUGACGGCGCUGUUAUGCGGCGUUCCCUUCUUGAAGGCAUCACCGAGGAGAAAUUCAAGGAUGGAGGCUCAGCAACCGCGGAGGGGGGGAGGGUGCCCAUUCCUCCGUUGCCCGACGUCGAGGCACGCCCCGCCUACUUUGCCGUCGAGGUCGACCGUGUGCGCGCCUCCCUCACCGACGAGCAGCUCACCGUUCCUCAGUACGUCGCCGACAACCACGCGGCGUGGGCGGCGUACUUCGAGCAUCGACAGGAGAGGAGGCUGGCGUCCAUCAGCGGGGCACCGGUGGUGGGCGGUGUGAAGAACAGCGAGGGGCGCCGCAUGUGGUGGGCGCCCCCGGCCGCAUGUGCUGGAGUACCUCGAGGGUGGCAACGACCCACCGCUGGCAUACCCUCCACCGGCGGCCGCCCCGGCCCACCGCCGACGCGCCGGGCAAUGGAUGCUCAGGAGCUUCGGUUCCUCCUCGUCUUCCUCCUCGGUACAUGUAAGUGCGUAGUAGCACAUCCCACACCACUGAGGACAAUGUCAAUUCUGCUCUCUCAAGAGCUGCUCAUCUCCACAACACUCGUGGUACUUGUUCCCCUAUACUACUUGUGCUUGAGGGUUAGUUGUAGAUCAAAGAACCAAUCAGUGCUGCCCACAAACUGGCCAAUACUCCACAUGUUCCCUUCCUUCAUGUCCAACCUCCACAACUUGCAUGACUAUUUCACCCUAGUCUUUGCUGGAUCCGGCCACAGCUUCAGGGCGCAUGGCCCACCUGGCAGCGGCAUGAGGUUCUUCAUCACAUGUGACCCUGCCAACGUCCGGCACAUCUUCACAACCAACUACGCCAACUUUCCCAAGGGUACGAGGUUCGCCGAUACAUUCGACAUCCUGGAUGGAAGCCUCUUCACCAUUGAUGGCGAGCCGUGGCGUCGGCAUCGCACAAAAGUCAAGGGCUUGCUUGCUAGCCCACGACUAGUUGCCAGUAUGGUGGCUUGCUGCUGCCGGAAGGUGGAUAAUGACCUCCUCCCGUUGUUUACCCACAUGUCAAACACAAACAUUCCAUUCGACAUGCAACAUAUGAUGUCCAGGUUUAUGUUUGACCUGGCUGCUAUGCCUCUCUUCGGUGUUGAUCCUGGCCUCCUAUCAUCGGAAAUGCCACCCAUGGUUGUCGCGGUUGCCUUGGACAUAGUCAUGGAGGUGGUAUGCUUUCGGCACAUGAUGCCAUCUUAUUGCUGGAAACUGAUGAGGUGGUUAAACAUCGGUCCUGAGAAAAAGCUCAAUGUGGAGCACACACUGCUACGAAGGUUCAUCAAGGAGAUGAUGGAGAGGAGGAAUAUCAAGACGUGGCAAGUUAAUAAUGAUGAGGAAGAAGAAGGUGUGGAUAUUGUAUCUUUCUUCCUCGAUGACCCAUGCUACGCUAAUGAUGACUUGUUUUGUGCUAUCACCAUUGGCUACAUGCUCGUUGCGAGGGACACAGUUGGAAUAGCCUUGACAUGGAUCUUCUACAACCUCGCCCAGAACCCUAACAUCGUUUCAAUCAUCCGCAACGAACUCUCACCGGUUGCAUCACAUAAAGUAGUAGCUGGUGUUGGAACUAUGGUGAUAUUUGAGCCGGAUGAGACCAGAUCUUUAUCCUAUCUUAGUUCUGCCUUGUAUGAGACUCUUAGGUUGUACCCGCCGGCGCCUACUGAGCUCAAGACGGUGGUCGCUGAUGAUACAAUGCCGAGUGGCCAUGAGGUGCAUGCCGGCGACGCCAUCUUUAUUUCUCUUCAUUCCAUGGGGAGAAUGGAGGGCAUAUGGGGUAAGGACUGCCUUGACUAUAACCCAGAUAGGUGGCUCUUGAAGGAUGGCAAUGGUCUAAGGUAUGUACCACCUCACAAGUUCCUGGCCUUUAACUCAGGGCCAAGGAUGUGCCUCGGUAAGGAAAUCGCGGUUAUGCAGAUGAUGAUUGUCGUGGCCUCAACGCUAUGGAACUUCGAUGUGCAUCUGGAGAAAGGGCAAAGCAUCGAGCCCAAGGCAUCUUGUAUACUAGAGAUGAAAAACGGGCUUAUGGUUAAGCUGAAGAAGCGAGAAGUGUAA